CUUUCCAUCAUCGCCAUUUUGAAGCGGGGCUCCGCAGAGAAGAAGGAGGGAGAGGAGGGGAAGGAAAGCAAAGUCGUCCUCGGGGAAGUUUACUGCCAUGAACGUUUUCAGUUAGCAUGAGGAGAGAAUUCAAAAGGAACAUGCAAGGGAUCAACUGACAGUUGUUCUGAUGAAGGAAGCUGUGUACUGGCACACGGGGAUAUCUUUAAUCACCUGUAAUAACAGAGCACAAAGGCAGCUGAGAAGAGUGUUGUAGCUGGCAAGAAGAAAGAUUGUGUCCAAGCCCUUUCCCUUCUAAACCAUCUGUUGGACUGGCAAGAACCUGGUAUUAUGGAAGAAGGCAGCAACAUCAUUGCACUAAUCUCAAAUCUGAGGGAACAGGAAGCUGUUCUGAUUUCUGAAGCCAUCGUAAGCCCAACCUCAGAAAGUGUCGAUGACCAGCUGAAGUGUAAAUCUGACCCUCUCAUCCAGGUCAUUCAAAAGCUCAGCAAGAUUGUUGAAAGUGAAAAGUCACAGAAAUGUGUUUUAAUAGGGAAAAAACGCUUGCAUCCUGACAUGUCGGUGCUCUCAUUUGACACUCCAAACCUCCCAGAGGUCCCAUCUAAAACCCUGGAAUUGCCUGCUCUAGGCACAAUAAAUAUAGAAGACUAUUACGCGAUGGACGAUCCUCCGCAAAGUAAAAGGAAGGUUGUUUGCUACGAGUGUAGUCUCUGCAAAUCUCUGUCGCCCACUCUUCCUCUCUUAAAGGAGCACAUCAAGCAACACGGUCAGCAGAAUGAGGUCAUACUUAUGUGUUCAGUAUGCAAUUUCACCACCAGGAGCCUAGAAGAUUUUGAAAGUCACGUUAGAUGUCACCCAGAGAAUGGCAACAAAAUGCAUGCCCUCUUGAAGGAGCAGCAUUGUAUCGCCCUUUCGAGUACCACUUUGCCUGGGCCAGUAGAAAGUGUUGUCAGAAUUGGCACCGAUCAAGGGAUACAGCCUCCCCAAGUGACUGAGAAGGGGAGGCGAAAAUGGUAUACUUACGAGGAAUACGGCAUGUACCGGUGCUUGAUUUGUAGUUACACUUGUGGACAACAAAGAAUGUUGAAAACGCAUGCUUGGAAGCACGCAGGCGAAAUGAAUUGCUCUUAUCCCAUAUUUGAGGAAGAAAAAGAGCAAGCUACAUUGUCAGAUUCUGCCGCGUUGGAUACUGUCCUCCUUUCCCUAGAAAAUAACAAACAGGGACUCUGCAGCAACCAGGCCAUUCAACUUCGCAUUUGUAGUCCCGAUUCCGUGGCUUUCAAAACUUCUCCAGCAGAAGAACCUGUAAAAGAAGAGUCAGUCCUAAGUCAGCCAGCUGCACUUUCGCCGACAGGUAAAUUACUAGAGGAGACAAGGUCCAGUGAAGAUCUUGAGCCAGAUAAUUUGGUGGCCGAUAGCUUGCUUUCGUCAGCCCAGAAAAUCAUUAACUGCAGCCCAAACAAAAAAGGCCAUGUUAAUGUCAUCGUGGAGCGUCUGCCCAGUGCUGGAGAGCCUGUCUUGCAGAAUGAAGUAAUGAGUAAUGUCUUGCAUUACUCAGUGGAUACCACCUCUGAACACGCUCCGGCUGGACGUGAUGUGUCAGGUGACAUUUAUCACAUGGAUAAGAAUUCUGUGGAAAUCGAAGAAGUUAUAAUUGGGUGGAGCAGCACAGAAAAGGCAGAAGAUAACCUGAAUCCCGGCCGAGCUAAAGCGGCCGAUGAAAAUGCCCCACCUGCCCGGAGGAGAACCAAUUCGGAGUCUUUGAGGCUACACUCACUAGCUGCUGAAGCCCUUGUUACCAUGCCAAUCAGAGCUGCGGAGCUUGCCCGAUCCAGCUUCCGAGCCUUUGCUGAUGUAAAUCCCUUAAGUUCAGAGGCUGGGCAGAGGCCUCCCGACGGUGGGUAUAUAGGCCACUCCAAACGGAUCACCUCCCUGAAGACGGAGGAAUUGACAAGCCUGAACGAAGAUGACCCUGCUUUUGUGGAAAUGCAGAAGGAAAAACCGGAGAUCCCCGAAGGCCCCAUUAAAAUGGGCAUCAGCAUGUCACUGCUCACCGUAAUUGAGAAAUUGAAAGAGAGGACAGACCAAAAUGCCUCCGAUGACGACAUUUUGAAGGAGCUGCAAGAUAACGUACAGUGCCAACCUUCCGGGGAUGCCAGCAUGUUGGGGAGCAAUCUGGUGGAAUACAUCCCCAACGCGGAUCGGCCCUUCCGGUGUCGCUUAUGCCACUACAGCAGCGGCAACAAGGGGUACAUCAAACAGCAUUUGCGGGUACAUCGUCAGAGGCAGCCUUAUCAGUGUCCGAUUUGCGAGCAUGUAGCUGACCACAGUAAGGAUUUAGAAAGUCAUAUGAUCAACCACUGCAAAACCCGAAUGUACCAGUGUAAACAAUGUGAGGAAUCCUUUCAUUACAAGAGUCAGCUGCGCGGUCAUGAAAGAGAGCAGCACUGUCUCCCAGAUACGUAUGCAGCCCCAACGUUUGAUGGCUUAAUGGCUUGCAGUGAAGCAGAUGAAAGAGUUGGGGAUAAGAUUUCAGUCCAGAAACUUUACCGAUGCGACAUUUGCGAUUACACAAGCACAACAUAUGUUGGCGUGAGGAAUCAUAGACGGAUUCACAACUCAGAUAAGCCGUACAGAUGUCGUGUGUGUGACUUCGCCACAACUAAUAUGAAUAGCUUGAAGUGUCAUAUGAGACGCCAUCCACAGGAGCAUCAGGCAGUGCAGUUAAUGGAGCAGUUCAAAUGUUCCCUCUGUGGAUAUGUAUGCAGCCACCCUCCUUCACUAAAGUCUCAUAUGUGGAAACACGCAAGUGACGAAAACUAUAAUUAUGAACAAGUGAAUAAAGCGAUUAAUGAUGCAAUUUCGCAAAGUGGCAGGCUUCUGGGUCAGCUUACUGGGAAGAAAGUAACUGAAACGUUGGAAGAUGAAGUAGUUCCUUUAACCAGUAACUCAGAGGGCUUGUCUUUUUCAAACUCUCCUAAACCGGCGGCUAACAAAAUAAUGGGUUCUGAUGGCCAUCAGGAUCAAGCCUCUACAACCAAUACCUCAUGCGGUUCAGAGAAAGCUGCAGGCCUGUCCCACCUUGGCUCAGAAUACUGUGUUCUGCUCUUCUGCUGCUGUAUCUGUGGAUUUGAGUCCACCAGCAAAGAGAAUUUGUUGGACCAUAUGAAGGAACAUGAAGGGGAAAUCAUCAACAUCAUUCUAAACAAGGACCAUGCAGCAGCUCAGAGCAUAAACUAGACAAAGUUCCCUUUUCUCCGGAUCUCCCACUUUGCCUGAAAGACUUGCUAAACAAAAGAGCUCAGAACAAGCAUGUAUGUGUAUGUACAUAUUUCUUUGCUCAAAGUGCUUUUCUUCAGCAAGUCUUCAUUCCUUCCUACAUCUAAAGCCUCUGUUAUCAGCAAAAGAGCAGAUUAUUUUACAAGCUCUUGAAGAAACUACAACAUAAAUAGCACUGCGUUUGCAGUAAAAAUCCAGUGGUUAUCUGCUACCAACAGAACUAUUUUUAACGCCUAUGAUUAAUCCAAAGGAUAGUGGCAUAGAAAAUUCACAGUGAGAAAUUGACUAAAAGGGAUUUAACCUUUCUACCUUGAAAUAUAUCUAAAGGGCAUAAAAUCUGCUUCAGGUAAGUUUAAAAAAAAUCUUGAUGUGACCAACUAAAUUUCAUAAAGCAGCCAUUUCUGAGGAUGGAAGCCUCUGCAAGUUCUUAGGCCUCCCAUUUUAACUGCUUAUUUUCCAGGAAAAAUUUCUUGCCAGGCCCUGCUAGCUCAAGCAGCACAAAAUAAGUUCAACAUCUCGGUAAAAUAUUUGGCUGGUUAAUUGUUUUCUUUGAAGUGAUAGGAUGAUGCUCAGAAAUGUAAGUAUCUCAUUGGGCCCUCUUCCACAAAACUUUUCAGCUCUACCUGUAUAUACGUUAAGCAGAUAUUUAACUAGUAGUAUUUCAUUUCAGCAUGCUGAUACAUGCAUCAUUUUAGAAGAGCCACAAAGACUACAAGGUAAACAGUUAAACUCCGAAGUAGCACAACGAAAGGGACCUCUCCCCCAUCUCCCUUGGUCUCAUUUCAAAAUCUCUCCACAAAAGUCCACUGCAGCUCAGAUGAAAACCCUUUGUGUUGGAUUCAGAAUGUAGCCCCUGAAAACAGACAGGUUCCUUCCAGUCUCAGGCAGCUUUUAAUCUGAUGGAGGAAUUGUGCUAUCAAAAUGAGAGCGAAGGCUAAUUUCUUUUCACCCCUUGCAGAUCCUUUCUGAUCUCUGAAAAAAAUCUCAGAAAGAUACUAGAGAUCACAAGGUUCUGGGUGGUUUUAGCUGGGCUCUGCUGUUACAGCUGUCAAAAAAUCCUUUUGGAUCCAACACUGAAUUUAUCACAGUCAAACUCACCUUGGGAUAUUAGACGAUUAGAAUUUGGCAGUUGUUAACAAACUUCUCUAUACCUUAUGCCAUGAGCUUCUUUCUUUGAUUGUAGUCCUGUGCGCAGUUCAGCUGCUGAACUGCCAGUGAUUUCCAUGAUAAUUACACAGCCUGUUCUCAGAACUACAAAACCAACAUUAUUCUCUGUCUGAAAUGUAUUCUGAGGCUUCAUUUUAGCAGUGCCCUCUCCCAGUUCAUGCCAUCCCCACUGCAUUUCCCUUCACUCAAGUAGUGCAUUGCUUACAGUUGUUUUAUAUGCAAUUUUGAAUUAUUUUACAAGAGCUGCAAGAUAUAUUCCUUGUCUAUUUAUUAUUCUAUUUAUAAUUGUAUUUUAGCAAAGCUAAGUUAAAACCUCACAGUUUUUAUGGUGCUACUUGAGUUCGGUGUCUCCUUCCCCACCCCACCCCCCCAAACAUUUAUGAACUGUGAAGUUGGGCAAAUGGAAAAGUUUUUGUAAAUAAUGUUCAAGCUUUAAACGCUGAAUGGAGAAUAAUCCUUCAAGGCUAUCUCAUCUAGGAUUCCUCCUUUUUGCAUUGUUUAAUAUAUUGUUUGUUUGUUUCUAAAUUAUACGCAGCAGUACCUUGAAAAGAGAGACAGUAUUGUCAUAGUCAAUAUUUGGUAACAGUCUACUGGCCAGAGGGAUCCUGGUCCCCACUCUUGCCAAAAGAAAAAGAAAAAAAGAUCAGAAAAAAAAUGUUAGCUCUUUUCCUUGCCUGACCCUUUUAUUUUAAAAUGAGAUAUAACUUUCCACUACCAAUCCAAGUUACCUGUUCUUAGUUUACAGGAAUAAUUCAGGUUAGGGUUAGGUUAGAUGGGAUUUAGAAUGUGGCCGCUUCUGAAUUGUCUUUUAAGGC